AUGAAACUUUUUGAAACUUCUUAUACUUUCUUAUACCCGUGGUCAAAAGUAUCUGCAGCUCAUUGGAAUAAAUAUCCAAAUGAUAAUUGUCCUCACGUUGUUACAGUUGAUGUGUUGGAUCGUUCGGUUGAUCCAAAAACAGGAAUACUCAGAACAGAACGUUUAGUAAAAAUUCAUCAGAACAUACCUAGGAUUUUUAGAAGAAUUUUUGGUGAUUUUGCCGAGUCAUAUGCAAGGGAAGUUAGUGAGGUUGAUCCAAAAAACAAACUUUUAAAGAUGACUAGUACAAAUCUCACUAUGAGAAAUAUAAUAAAUGUUUCUGAAAUUAUUACAUAUGCUGAGGAUCCCAAUGAUCCAUCAAG